AUGGGCGACUCUUCACCCCGUCGUAGCUCACGUCAUGUGAACGGAAGUAAGCCGCCUGCAUGGGCUUUGGCCGAGAUCCGGGACGAUUCCAAGGACGACCUAGGACGCCAGACCCCCUCAGGCACCGCUCCAGUGAUCGCGGCCAAUGGUCCUGCUCUCCAAGGAGUAACAUCCAAGCCUUCGAAGAUGACUCACCCGUCGCAGUUCACGUUCAAGAAGGAGCUGGGAAGCGGAUCAUGGUCGACAGUUAUGGAGGCCACCCAUGUUGCGACGGGCAAACCAUACGCUGUCAAAAUCCUGAGCAAGGCGCAGCUAAUCAAGCUGAAGAAGGUCAAGUACGCGACGGCAGAAAAGGACGCUUUGGUGAAGUUGUCAGGGACACACCCUGGGAUCGUGAGGAUGCACGCUGCUUUCCAGGAUGAUACCUCUCUCUGUAGGUUUGGUCACCACUCAUGCCAAUGA